AUGGCUGAAUAAGAAUCUGUAGCCACAUUUAAAUUUGCAAAUCAACCAAAAUUAUUUGGAAAAUGGGAUUAUGAUGAAGUUUAAUUAGCAGAUUAAUGCUUCAAAGAUUAUAUUGCAGUUCAGACAUUAAAAUCAUGUGUGUUUGUUCCCCAUACUGCUGGAUGUUAUAUAUAUAUGUGUGAUUACUAUCAAAGAAAGAAGUUUAGAAAAGCUUAAUGCCCCAUAGUUGAAAGAUUGGCUGGUGCACUUAUGGUUCAUGAUAGAAAUACAGGAAAAAUAGUCAAGGCUGUAGCAAUAAUUAGACAUGUAUUUGAAAUAGUGCAUUUAUCUAUUGACAGGCAAGAAUCCACUUGAGUCUUAUCAUUAGCUGUUUAAAGAGGUGGAGCUAGAGAAGAUUUUACAAAAGUAAGAACAGGUGGUGUUGCCAAAUAAUAAGCAGUUGAUUUUGCACCUAUUAAAAGAGUUAAUGAAGUAAGAAAUAUAAAUAUCUAUUAAAAGGCUGUUCAUAAUUUAGCUAAAGAAGCUAGAGAGGUCGUUCUUCUUUGUAUUCAAAAUAAGAAAUAAUUAACAAUUACUCAUGAUUAAAUCUAUAAACACUUAUCAUAAUAUGGCUAGAUUGAAAAAUAAUUACAAUUAAUAUGUAUAGAUUUUAAUAUUUGAAAAAAUCAAAUUUGGAAAGUCUUUUGGAAGCCAAAAACAAAGAAACUACAUAAAACUCAAUAAAGUAAUGUUAUAACAAAAUUUUGAAUUCUGA